CCCGGCUCCCGGAGGCUGUCGCCGAGCUUUCCCCGCGGGUCCCCUAGAAGGGCCGCGGGCUGACCGAUGUCCGUGAGGAGGUGCCUGGUGGGCCUCACCUUUUGCACCUGCUACCUGGCUUCUUACCUCACGAACAAGUAUGUCCUGUCUGUCUUGAAAUUUACCUACCCUACAUUAUUCCAAGGGUGGCAGACCUUAGUUGGUGGACUUCUGCUUCAUGUGUCAUGGAAGCUGGGCUGGGCCGAGAUCAACAGCAGCUCAAGAUCUGAUGUUUGGACGUGGCUUCCUGCUUCCGUGUUGUUUGUGGGUAUAAUCUAUGCUGGUUCCAGGGCACUAUCCAAACUGGCCAUUCCUGUGUUUCUCACUUUGCAUAAUGUAGCUGAAGUUAUCCUCUGUGGGCACCAGAAGUGUUUUCGGAAAGAGAAAACUUCUCCUGCAAAGAUCUGCAGUGCCCUCUUCCUCCUGGCUGCCGCAGGAUGCCUUCCCUUCAAUGACCCCCAGUUUGAUCCCGGUGGAUAUUUCUGGGCUGUAAUUCACUUAAUCUGCGUAGGGGCAUAUAAGAUAUUGCAGAAGGUCCGGAAACCCAGCGCGCUAAGCGACAUUGACCAGCAGUACUUAAACUAUAUGUUCAGCGUGGUGCUUCUGGGACUUGCGUCUCAUCCCACAGGUGACCUCUUCAGCGUCCCAGACUUCCCGUUCCUGUAUUUCUACAGAUUCCAUGGCAGCUGCUGUGCCAGUGGAUUGUUAGGAUUCUUUCUCAUGCUCAGCACAGUGAAGCUGAAAAGCCUUAUGGCCCCAGGGCAGUGUGCAGCCUGGAUUUUCUUUGCUAAGUCUGUUCGAUUUGUCUUCUUGGAGUUAGAGCACUUUGGUUGCAAGGAUCCCGUCACCGGUUGUUAUCCCUGCACUGCCCUUUCUCCCCGGCAAGGGAUUUUCACCUGGGAAAACAAAUGCUUUUCUUCAGCUGAGGCUAUAGUCUGUAUCAGUACAUACUUCUUCAUGAAAGUAUUUCCCGCCCCCCACCCGGUAUUGGAGUUGAGCUACAGCUGCGUGAGCCAUUGGGAUCUCCGUAAGUCCUGGUGUAUCUUCUGUGAGGUCAGUAAUGGUUAUUCUUCUUUUUCUUGACUUGUACUGGGGCGAUUGACUGUUCGCUCUACGGAUUAUGUAACUACCUCGGUUUCCAUACUCAUGCUUCUUAGGGGGUUUUUGUUUUUCCUGACAGUUUUUUUCAAGUUGCUCUGUUGGAACAUGUUACAUUCAGCAGAGAUUUGUAGAGUGAGGAGACAGUAG